UUAAGGUCCUCCUCAUCGAAUGUUUUUCUAAUAUAUCUCUUAAACCGAUUUCAGUCUUCACAUAUUCCUUCUAUAGAGCAGCUGGGUAGGAAGUGAAAGAGAUCGAUAUGCUAAAGGCUCGCUUAUCAAGAACUAUUUCAUAACCAUGAAUAUAUUGAUGUUAUAAGAUUAAUCUACGCACGUUACUUGAAAAUCAUAAAAACUUCUUUCGACUAAUUUCGGUUGAAAAAUUUUUCAAUACACAUAGGUUCUAAGUUCAUAAAAUGUAAGAUGUCAUAGCAGGUCAACGACCGGACACAUAGACGUGGCUACUAGAAUUAAAUCCUCAUGAGUUUUUGUUCGCCCUAUCUUUCAAAGGAGGCAUGUAUAAAUUUGACAGCUGUCGGAUAAUUAGUUUAUGAGUUAUAUGAUUUUGAGUGAUACAACUUUUCUUAUUCUGAAAAAAUCGAAUAAAAAAAAUUUCGCGUCUUGAUAAAAUAUUGCUUCCUGAAGAGAAAAAGGAACAGUUAAGGAAAAAACUGGCUUAAUCACGAGUUUACGAACAGAACGAGAUAGCAGGCACUCUAAAGAUAUCAAUUGAAUGCAUAUAUCAUAUCGUUCACGAAUAUUCGGGUUUGAGAAAGCUCUGUGCAAAGUGGGUGGCGUGCGGCCUCACUUUUGACCAAAACCUACAACGAGUUGAUGAUUUAGUGCAAUGCUAAACCCGAGUUUUUGCGUCGAUAUGUGACAAAGAAUGAAACAUGACUCCACCAUUUCACUCCGAAGUCCAAUGACAGUCAACGGAGUAGACUGCACACGAUGAAUCUGCUCCCAAUCGAUGAAAAAUGCAACAGUCGGUCAACAAGGUCAUGACGUCUAUAUUUUGGGAUACAUAUGGAAUAAUUUUAUUGAUUACCGUGAAAAAGGAAGGACAAUCAACAGCGAUCAUUACAUAGCGUUAUUGGAUCGUUUGAAGAACAGGAAAGUUCUGUUUUACCAAGACAAUGAACCGUGUCAGAAGUCAGUGGAAACGAUGGUAAAAAUCCAUGAAUUAAGCUUCGAUUUGAUUCUGCAUCCACCGUGCUCUCCAGAUCGGGCCCUCAGCGAUCAUUUAAUGUUCUCAGAUUUCAAAAGAAGGCUCGCUGAAAAGUAAUUUUCGUGUUGAAUAAAAAAAAACAAUUUUGCCAAAAAAAUUUGGCUGGAGACUUUUUAAUUCUCCUGUCACUUACCAUUUCGACUUAAUUUUAUGCAAAAACAAGAAAAACUCAAGCAUCCUGCAUUUCUCAUAGGAACUGUACACAUACAGUACUAAAUAUUAAAACAUAACCACCCGACGGCUUACAUCCAGUGGAACAUGUUCUUGAGUUAUUUGAUGUUAACAACCUCUAGACAAAUUCAGAUUAAUUCAUAAAGAAAAGAGAUAUUUUUUUAUAUUUAAUCGGUCAAUUAGGAUGUUAACUAUAUGCUAAAGCGAUCCAAUCUGAGGAACACGUUAGCUACCAAAUUUGGUGAAACUCUCAAAUAAAAAUGUUUUACUUACAAUAACUAGAUUUUGAUCGGUUAGUAUGUAUGUCAGCUAUGUUCCAUACUGGUCCGGUAUCAGCGAUUGCGAAAACUAUUAAGAGUAGCUUUUUGGGGAGAAAAGAGCGUAUUCAAAUUUUCAGAUUGAUAUCUCAAAAACUGAUGGACUAGCUCGUGUAUUCGCACACAGACGGAUAGACAGGCCGACGUGGCUAAAUAUACUCAGUUUUUCUCGCUGGUUACUUAUAUAAACGUUUUCUUCUGAAUGUUACAAACUUCGUGGCGAAGUUAAUACGAGUAUACCCGAUUUACGGUAUAAAAGGUAUCGAAUAGAUUAAUGUGCUUUCGGGAUCCAAUUUUUUUGCAUCGAAAAUCUACCAAAACCUGAAAAUUGGUCAAAAUUUACCAAUUCAUAAAAUCAUAAAAUUCGAAGACUCUUUAACCUUAGAACUUUAUAAAUGUUAUCGAGUUAAUUUCAAAUAUUUGCAUGCAUCUUUUCCAAACAAUUAAAAGUAGAAAAGUUGAUACACCUCUUGACCCACGCACGCCGUUAAUUUCCCAAACAACCACAUCCAUUCGAAUUGGCGUGAAAAGCCAACAACAUGAAAUGACGCUUCGCUAAAAAUAGCCACAAAAUUUUUCAUAUAAUAUUUUUAAACGAAAAUCAUCUUGAAAAUCGGCUAAAAAGAUCGAAAACACAAACAAAUCCGCCGGCAUAUAAAAUGAACGAGCGCCGAAAAUGUUCAGUUCAAAAACGCAGCGAACGCGUAGCAGUAAAGACGAGCACGAGCGGAAAAUCGCGAAAAAGCGCGGAAACAAAAACAAAAUUGUGAAAUUUUAUUAUCUUCAUUAAGUGCAAAUAAAAGUGUUCUUCUCUACUUUCCAUUUCACUGCCAAUUGUGACCUUGUAACCUUGUGCAACGGUACACCACAAAUUUUGGAUUUUGCUGUUGAACCGUAGAUGUCAGUAGUGCCCCUAAUGUUCCGUGACUGGUGGGAUGAUUUUGAAUUUCCAACGCGCACUUCGCGCCUCUUGGACCAACAUUUCGGCACAGGACUAAGACGCGAUGACCUGAUGUCAUCCGUUUGGAACUCCCGCCCAACAAUGUUGCGUUCCGGCUACCUGCGCCCAUGGCAGCGCUCACCCACAAGCUUGCAGAAGCAAGAAUCCGGUUCCACAUUGAAUAUUGACAACGAGAAAUUCGAAGUCAUUUUGGAUGUACAACAAUUCACACCCAAUGAGAUUACCGUCAAGGUGACCGACAAGUUUGUGCUCGUUGAGGGUAAGCACGAGGAGCGCCAGGAUGAGCACGGCUUUGUAUCCAGACAGUUCUCCAGACGUUAUAUGCUGCCAAGUGACGUGAACCCCGACAACGUGACCUCAUCCCUGUCAUCGGACGGUCUUCUGACCAUCACCGCCCCCAUGAAGAAGCUGCCUCCUCCUGCCACUGAACGUGUGGUGCCCAUCUCGCAAACCGGCCCAUCCUCGAAGGAAGACAAUGCCAAGAAAAUCGAGACCACCACCGCCUAAGUCACUCCCACGACUUCGGUUGAUUCAGACUGUUUUCCAUUUUCCUUUUUAGUCAUGCAUUCAAAAUGCAUUUUCAGUUACUUAGCAUAAAUAAUAAUCAUUUACAAUUUUAUAAUUUAUUU